UCAUCACAGACCCUUGCAGUAAAGUACUCAAGAUUCUCUUCAUUCCACCUAUGUACAGUACGUGCUUUUGUUUGUGUUGGGAAGACUGAAAAGAUUACGGAUUUAAGCUUGUGUGCUCUGCUCACCCUGAUUGGUUGCUUUCUUGAUUUGUUUGGUUUGGUCGUUUGCUCUCUUCAAAGGGAUUGGCUGCCACUUGCCUUGCAGUCUUCUGUCGGAGUUUCCUCCCUUUGCCGUUUGGAUUAGUCAUCUCUUCACCGGCUUGCCCCUCUCCUCCUCCUCCUCCUCCUCCUCCCUCCCGCCUCCUCCCUCCAUGCCACUGGCCAGACCCACCUAUCAGCUGGUGGAGUCUAAGAGCCUUAUUGAGCCUGUUGCUGCCUGGUCUAGGUAUGACCAGUCUAGCAGCGAGAGGCUUUGCUGGAUAUUGUUAGCCAGCCCGCACUGUGGCUAGUAGGGGAGCACCACAGGAGAGAGUGGUUGUUUACCCUCUAAAGAUUCCUGUUUGCAGGCUGGCUUGCAGGAUGGAAGAGGAUGAAAGGAAGAUCCCGUUGUUGAACUUGGACCCGCGUCACCUGAGAGCACCACCAGUCCUCAGCUGCUCUCGACUCUCCAAGAGCCACUCGUCUUCUUGGAGAGUGUAGCCAGUGGACCCCUUGACUCGACGUGACGAAGGACGACCAGCGAGACACGCCAACCACAACACAUACCAGCCCACAGAGACAUACUCCUGACAGGAGCGCAGCAGAGUGCCCUGUAGGGGCAUCCAAACUCACACACACACACCAAACGGCUGCAGCAGAGGCAGCACCUUUACCCUGCAGCCACCAUGGUGCUGUCACAGAGGCAACGUGACGAGCUGAAUCGUGCGAUAGCUGACUACCUGCGGUCCAAUGGCCAUGAAGAAGCAUACUCUGUUUUUAAGAAAGAGGCAGAACUAGAUAUGAAUGAAGAAUUAGACAAGAAAUAUGCAGGCCUGUUGGAAAAGAAGUGGACCUCAGUCAUCAGAUUACAAAAGAAAGUGAUGGAGCUGGAGUCUAAACUGAGUGACGCUAAGGAGGAGAUCACCCUGGGUGGCCCCAUCGGCCAGAAGAGGGACCCCAAAGAGUGGAUCCCGCGCCCCCCGGAGAAGUACGCCCUGAGCGGACACAGGAGCCCAGUCACGCGUGUCAUCUUCCACCCCCUAUUCAGCGUCAUGGUGUCUGCCUCGGAAGACGCCACCAUUAAGGUGUGGGACUAUGAGGCGGGGGACUUUGAGCGCACCCUGAAGGGCCACACGGACUCGGUGCAGGACAUCUCCUUUGACCAGUCGGGCAAGCUGCUGGCCUCCUGCUCCGCAGACAUGACCAUCAAGCUCUGGGACUUCCAGGGCUUCGAGUGCAUCAGGACCAUGCACGGCCAUGACCACAAUGUGUCGUCAGUUGCCAUCAUGCCCAAUGGAGACCACAUAGUGUCCGCAUCCAGAGACAAGACCAUUAAGAUGUGGGAGGUGGCCACCGGCUACUGCGUGAAGACGUUCACGGGCCACAGGGAGUGGGUGCGCAUGGUGCGGCCCAACGCGGACGGCUCGCUGCUGGCCAGCUGCUCCAACGACCAGACGGUGCGCGUGUGGGUGGUGGCCAGCAAGGAGUGCAAGGCGGAGCUGCGGGAACACGAGCACGUGGUGGAGUGCAUCAGCUGGGCGCCCGACAGCGCACACCCCACCAUCCUCGAGGCCACCGGCUCAGAGAACAAGAAGAGUGGCAAGCCUGGUCCAUUCCUGCUGUCUGGCUCCAGAGACAAGACCAUCAAGAUGUGGGAUGUGAGCACAGGCAUGUGCCUUAUGACACUGGUGGGCCAUGACAACUGGGUGCGUGGCAUCUUGUUCCACCCGGGCGGCAAGUUCAUUGUCAGCACAGCUGACGACAAGACGCUGCGUAUCUGGGACUACAAGAACAAGCGCUGCACCAAGACACUCAGCGCCCACGAACACUUCGUAACCUCUCUGGAUUUCCAUAAGACGUCUCCCUACGUGGUGACCGGAAGCGUAGAUCAAACAGUCAAAGUCUGGGAAUGCCGCUGAUUCCGUCUCCGCCUCCAGACCCCGCCCCUUUCUCCCAUCUGCCCGCCCCUCUUCCAAGUCACUCAUCCUCCAGGAAGCACUCAUCACCGUGGUUACCACACACCCUGCCCCUCCUCCCUUUAUACAAAGCUAUUGACAUAACUUACCACCCCCUCCUCCCCUAUUCCUGUGUAAAUUAUUUUUGGUGUAGAACUGAGCUUAUUAAACAUUUAUUACACAUGGCACACACACGAGAGGAAAAAAAAAAGUAUUCUUGCAUGGUAUAAGAGAAAAGGAAAAAAAAAAUCCCAAAACUUGUACACUGUAAAUUUGCAUUACCAUUGUGUAGAAGUUAUGGUAGAGUUUAAAAAAAAAUCAACAACUGAUGUUGUGAGACCCUGGACAAGGACACACCACCACCACCCACCACACUGCUGAAGAAGAGUGCGGUCCAGGAGGUCCUCAAACAACAGUGCACACCACUAAACUUUUUGUCUUUCUUUUCUCCUUUUCUUUAUUUCAUUUUGGUCCUUCUCUUCUCUCUCUUUUAUUUUCUGCUCUCACAUGAGUCCCUUGCUGCCGCAGUUUUGAACACUGUUAGUGCCUAGAGGGGGGAGAGUCAGGAGGUGUAGAGAGAGAGAGGGAGGCGCAUCGUAAAAAAGACAGCAUAGUGCAUCUUCCCCCACCACCUCCAAAAACAAGCUUAAUAUUAUAAUAUACCCGCGUGUUAACAUUACCAUUGCUUUGCACACAGAGAGACAAAAAACAAAGUUUUGCAAACCUUACCCCUCCCUGUGUGUGUAUCUGAAUUCUCAGGUCAGCCUUAAAGUCCUUAACAAAGCAGGUGGCUGACGUGUAUGCCAUAGCCCUUUUAUGAAGGCUGAUUGUUUUUUUUGUUUUUCCUUCCCUCCCCCUCGCCUCUUUUCCUGUUCCUCAUUCGGUUAGUCAAGGCAUGUACCAGUCAUGUCAUGGACCUUUCGGUAGACUAAAGCCUGGAGAUGACCAUGAGUCAAAGUUUUGGAGGAGUUCAGACACUAACGGUUGUAGAUUCGUUUCGUGCCCCUCACUGUUCUACUGGUCCAGUUCUGGAACCCAGAACAUCUUGCCUCCUCUAAAAGAGCACAUUAGAAUUAUAUGCAUUGAAAUGAGGAGUAAAUGUAAAAAAAAUAACCCAUUUCCAUUCAUUACUGGGUUAAAUAUGUGUGCUCAAUCCUUUCCCCAUGGCUUGCACUUCCCCAGACGUCCUGUACAUAGGUAGACACGUAGAGCUAAGGCGUCUCUUCUUCUCCCCUUCUCAAAUCUCCAGUGCAGUGUCUGGUGUUCGGGUAAGACUCUGCUCCAAGAAUUUCUCCCUCGCCCGCCCCCAAACACACAGGCAGCGUUGACCCCUGUGCAGUUGAGCGGAGAGUGCAUCCAUCACCAAUGACACAGAGAGGCCUGCGUAUACAUUGAGCCCACAAUAGACGAGACUUGAAUCAGAGAUCCACCUGUCUGUCCCACCGCUAACUUACAAAGAUGGGCCAUACUCUAGUCUCACUCCCCCCUACCCGCCUAGUCAGCGAUGGGCUUCUUCAUUCAAAACAACUAAACUCUGGAGUAGAACAGAAGAGCAGCCUAGUCUUCAAAAGAAGACGGUUGGUGGGUUAAGGCUUCUGAAAUGUCACUAAUGGUGACUUGAGCUUAAUGAAGACCACUUAACUUCACGGAACACAUGUUGCUUGAAUGGGGAUUCUUUUUGGGUAGGGGGGGGAAUAGCGGGGAGGGAACUGGGGUUGCAUUCUAGAAUAUUCUCGCCUGCAAAGCCGAUCCAUUCUGCUGCUUUUUCUGCUUUCAUCUUCUGCCUGUGUAUCUAUCUGUACAUGGUCCUGUCGGCCGCUGCGCUAGAGAGUGUGUGUGAGAACGUGUGUGUGAGAGCGUGUUUGUGUGUCUGUGUGUGUGGUGUGAGAGCGUGUUUGUGUGUCUGUGUGUGUGCGCGUGUGUGCGUGUGUCUGUGUGUCGCAUCACUCACCUUAAAGAAAGCUUUUGACCUGUUCAGUGGUAUGGCUCAAGUGUCGUUGCACUGAAUGAGCUAUCUCGUCAGGCUCUUCUCUCAGAUCCGAGCGUGUGUGUGUGCGUAUCAUACAACUGUUUUGUUGCUUUUCUUUCUUUCUUUUUUUUUAAAAAUGAUUUUGUAUGUUAGUCAGUGGGUGUGUGUCUGUAAAUGUUUUGCAUUUGUCUAAACUGACAAAGUUGUAAUGUCUAGAGAGAAAGCCCUCCCAGGUAGAUCACUAUGUGCAAUAAGUAUAAUAGGCUGCUCUGUGUGUGUCGAGAGCUCCGUUCUUUUGUAUGUAUGUAAUGUACGUAUGUACUGUAUGUAAGUAAGUAUGUUUGUGCAAGCUAUACACAUGACUAUAGGAAAAAAACAACAAAAAAAGCUCUUCCUUUCUUUCAGAGGGGAUGGUAAAAGGGGCAAGAAUAAGAUUUUGGGGGGAUCGGAAGUAAGCAGGGGAGGGGGGAGGAGAGGAGGGUGUGUGUGGCAGAUGAGCUCUGUGGCUCUUGCCUCAUUGGAGGAAGCCAGAGGCUGAAUGCAGGGGAUGUAACCAAUCCCGUCGCUAUGUGCGUAGGUGACCAUACCCCUUGGCCUCGUGGCCUGUCGAGAGCUGUUGAGAGACGGGCAACGGUGUCCAUCUGUCUAGUUAUCUCUCUAUCUCUCUAUCUCUCUCUGCCUUGUAUACCGAGGGGUUGUCUGACUCUUUAACAGGCUUUUACUCUGCUUUUGUGAUCUUACUGUUCACUCACUCACUCACUCGUGUACACGCUUGUGCACACACAGACACUCUCUCUCACACACACACACAAACACAGACAGACUCAACCACAUGCAUUCCUGCACUCAGAUACACACACACACACACACACAAACACUCAGACACCGGCACACGCGCCCUCACACACACGCACACACACAUGCACACACACACAUGCACAUGGUAAAAUUGUGUACCAAUAUAUCUGGAUGUCAUUGUUUGCAACAUAAUUAAAAUAAUAAAGAUGUGUAAAUAUAA